AUGACGCCCGCUAUCGUGCGGGCAGUCCUCACAGCUCAGGCACUCGCAGAAGAUGAGCUCUUGAAGCUUCGACAGUCCUCCGAGCUGUCCCUCGCGGAGCCGGAGGUUGGAAACCCUAUCUCUCAUGGCCAGCUAAUCGACAUCUCGAAGCUACUAAAGAAGCAUGCAGACAAGCUGAAGACUCCAGAUAAUGACACCGAUCCAAUAGAAUACCAUCUAAACUCUCUCCUCAAGGGUUCAAGAAUAUACAUUCCCCCGCCUCCGCCCAGGAUAGAGCCCACCUCCGCGUACAAGGCUCUAAUGGCCCGUCUCCGCCGAGAAGAAGAAGCCCGGGCCUACGAGCGCAUGCUGCAUCCCCUGCCCGCCUCCGAAACCUUCACUCAACGCUUUCCCGCGUCGCCGCUCUCCCGCCUAAAUCCCACCCAGGUUGAUCUCGCGGUCGACGAAGACGACGUGACCUACGAGGAUGUCCACCGCCAAAUAAUUCUCAUAAUAAACGUCUUAGUCUCCAUAAUAGCAUGUAGCGUCUUCAUUUGGGUCGCCGCCCGGCACUGGAGCACUCCGAAACGUCUCGGUCUUAGUAUGAGCGGGAGCGGCAUCGUCGCGAUAGCUGAGGUCGUGAUAUACAGCGGAUAUGUCAGAAGAGUCAAAGAGGCCAAGGUGAAGGAGAAGGCGAAGCCGGAGAUUAAGGAGAUCAUUGAAAGCUGGGUUAUUGAUGCAGACUCAGGAAAGAAGGGCGCGACUGUGUCUUCAGUAGAGAAAGAGAAGGUUGAUGACGGCAUUAGGUACAGAAAGGGUAAACAUCGAUGA